CGCAGCCGCGGCGGCCGCGCCAAUCACGGGGCGCAUCCCGUCCUCGCGCGACGGUGCAGUCGUACGGUCGUGACGUCGGCGGUUGCAGUGGAGAGACCCGCUCGGUCCCGACAGCGAGCUGGCGUCAGGAGCCGCAGGGUCACAGCGUGGUUUUGAAGCCGCAUCCGCCGCCACCAUGAGCGGCCGAAGUCGGGGUCGAAAAUCCUCCCGCGCCAAAAGCCGGGGCAAAGGCCGUGCCAAAGCCCGAGUCCGCCCUACUCCUGACGACGCCCCGCGCGACCCGGACCCUUCACAGUACCAGAGUCUCGGGGAGGACAUCCGGGCGGUACAGGUGCAGGCUGGCGCGGGGUGGGGUGGCCUGGAAACCGCUGCGUCCGCGCAGCUCCUCCGGCCUGGGGAGGAGGCCGCUUGCCGUCUCCCCCUGGACUGUGGCCUCGCGCUGCGGGCUCGAGCUGCGGGGGACCGCGGGCAGGCCGCGGCCAGUUCCGGCCCCGGGAAGGCAGUAUCUUUCUCGGAGCGCCUGGUCGCAGACACUGUCUUCGUGGGAACAGCGGGAACCGUGGGAAGGCCGAAAAAUGCCCCCCGCGGUGGAAACCGGCGUGGCCCUGCCGGGAAGAAGGCCCCGGAAACGUGUAGCACCGCGGGGAGGGGGCCUCAGGUGAUAGCUGGUAGGAAGCAGAAGAAAGGGGCAGCAGGGGAGAAUACCUCCGUCUCAGCCGGGGAGGAAAAGAAGGAAGAGAGAGAUGCAGGGUCGGGGCCCCCAGCGACGGAAGGCAGCAUGGAUACGCUGGAGAACGUGCAGCUGAAGCUGGAGAACAUGAACGCGCAGGCGGACAGGGCCUACCUUCGGCUCUCGAGGAAGUUUGGGCAGUUGCGACUGCAGCACUUGGAGCGCAGGAACCACCUCAUCCAAAAUAUCCCAGGCUUCUGGGGGAAAGCAUUUCAGAACCACCCCCAGCUAGCAUCCUUUCUGAACAACCAAGAAAAAGAGGUGCUGAGCUACCUAAGCAGCCUGGAAGUGGAAGAGCUUGGCCUUGCCAGAUUGGGCUAUAAAAUCAAGUUCUACUUUGAUCGCAACCCAUAUUUCCAAAAUAAGGUGCUCAUCAAGGAAUAUGGGUGUGGUCCUUCUGGCCAGGUGGUGUCUCGUUCUACUCCAAUCCAGUGGCUCCCAGGGCAUGAUCUCCAGUCCGUAAGCCAGGGAAACCCAGAAAACAACCGUAGCUUCUUUGGGUGGUUUUCAAACCACAGCUCCAUUGAGUCUGACAAGAUUGUGGAGAUAAUCAACGAGGAACUGUGGCCCAAUCCCCUGCAGUUCUACCUUUUGAGUGAAGGGUCUCGUGUAGAGAAAGGAAAGGAAAAAGAAGGCAGACAAGGUCCAGGAAAGCAGCCAGUGGCAACUCCUCAGCCUGGGGUGAGCCAGUCCAACUGAUCCUGCACAAGUCUCCCUGCUGCCACCUGCCGGACUGUUCCUGGUUGACGACGUUUUUGGCGCUCUGCCUUCUCUUCAUGUUGGCCUCUGUGUACUAGACUCUUUGGACUUUAGUUACAAGAAUAUGGCAUUUAUGAUCACGUUCUUUUGCCUCCUCAUGGCUUCUUGCUUUUCCAUGUCAGUGUCAUAUGUUAUGUGAUCGCACCUGGACUGUUUAAAUGUUAAGCACACAUGCUUUAGAUGUGUGCUGCCUUUUAUCUACAUUGCCUGGACCUUGUUCUUGGCUCUGGCCUUCCCCACUUGUCUUUAACAUGGACACUCAUGAGUCAUCCUCCACGACGACCAGUGCAUCUUCAAACUCUGCUCCUUCGGGGCCAGUGACUUGCUGGGCUUUGUGUUCAUGUUGCCCAUGCAUGUCAUCUAUGCAAGCGUUUCCAUUGCCACUGCAGAAUGAAGUCAGUGCACAUGGUAUUGGUCAUCAGCCAGAACUUACUGUUCUGUGGGUCUGGGGUUACUAGCUAAGAUGUCACCUACUUUGUCUCUGGCUUUGGCCUGUGGUCCAUGAUACUCAUCCUGCUUGAUGUUCUGCAGAAUGGCACUUGACUACUGGGCAUGCAUGAGGUUAAGGGCAAGAAACAGUAUGCCAUGUGUUCUAUACCAUCAUGUGUCUCUUCCUGUUUCUGGGGCCUUCUGCUGGUGAACUUUCAUCAAGGUCUGUGCCAUGCCCUGUCACUAUCAAGCCAUUAAGUUUUGUCUGGGUUGCUAUCAGCCUCAGUUGGUUUCCUGAUCAACAAGGACCUCAAGAACUGCCUGUGGACCAAGGCUCCCUGCCAGUGCAUGAGACACACACCUACCCUCCCCAGCCUUCCAGGAACUCUACUGGCUGCCAGACUGUUGGGCAGGCUGAUAUGUGUGGACCUGUGUUCACUGUCAUGCUGUGGCUCCAGAUGAUGACAGUGCUGGUGGUUUGUGAACUGCACUUUGAGUGGAAGGGGGGGUGACCUUGAAGGCCCUUUUAAACUUGAAUAAUAGUGCUCAAUCUCUGUUGAACACUGGAAUUGUCUGGGAAGCUUACAGAAACACUACCAGAGCUCCACACAAAGACCAACUACAUUGGGAUAAGGGGAAUGGGAUAAGGGGAAGGUCUGGGUAUAGGUAUUUUAAAAACUUCCCAGGUGAUUCUAGCGUUUAGCCAAGAGUUGAGAACUACAUCCUCUGAUGCUGUUCACUUCAGAUCCAUAACAAGGAUCAUUUCCCAUUAAUCAGGAGAGGCAGUGGCAGACCACCAAGUGCCACACUAAGUUGCCCAGCAGAAAAUGGACAAAAUUAGAGGUGGGUGGUUAUUGACAAGAAAAUAAAAUUGGCUUAUAUGAUGAAGGGUUUUUAUAAAUACGCAAUGUUCAGGGCAUAGUAGGUGCUCCAGUGUUGAAUGAAUGAAUUUUAAAGCACUACUUAUAUUCUGGGCAUUUGAAUUUGGUAAUUUGUGAAGUGGGCCACAUUUGUUUCAUAAGGAAAUCUGUCAGUUUUCUGGGGCUGCCAUAACAAAGUACCACAAACUGAGUAGCUUAAAAGCAGGAGUUUAUUUUCUCAGUUCUGGAAAUUCAAGAUCAAGGUAACAGCAGGGUUGGUUUCUUCUGAGGACCUCACUCAGCUUAUAGAUAGCCUCCUUCUCUCUGUAUCUUCACGUGGUCUUGUGUGUGUGUGUAUGCCCUAAUCUCUUAUAAGGGUACUAGUCAUCUUGAACUGGGGCCCAUUCUAAUGAGCUCAUUUAACUUUAAUUUCCCUUUAAAGACCCUGUCUGUAAAUUCAGCUACACUAUGAGGUAUUGGGGAUUACGACUUUUACAUACAAAUUUGGUGUGAGGGCAGGGGCGAUAUAACCCUGACAGCAUCUUGUAUUCUUUUGACACAUAUGUGCCUCACAUGUUAUGGUAGUUAAUUGUAUUGAGGCAUAUCAUGUGCCAGGCACUAUUGCAGGUGAUAUACAAUUAAUAUAUUGAGUCCUUAGGACAAAUGAUAAUUAUAUCUAAUGAGGGGAUGGGUUGAGGAAAUGGGGUAAAAAAGGUUGAGUGAAUUAUUCAGGAUCAUGCUGGUAAUGAAUGAGCCAGGCUUUAAACUCAGACAAUCUGAUUCAAGAAUGCACACACAUAUAGCUCUUGACUCAAGAGGAAAUAAUCUUCAGUUUAUCACAGUAUCUUUAUGUAGAAUCUCUUAAUUUUGCAUGUUAAAAUUUAAACCCCUGGAGUUGUUCUGAUAUGUGGAAUGCAGAAGGGAUGGAGAGCAGCCUCUCCAGGCCUGAGUCUCCUCUCAGGGUUCACUCAGAGUUUGCUUGGAUUAUGACUUGGGAGGGGCUCCCUGCCCAGUUCAAUUAAGUUUAUGCACCUGCUUCUCUGUGGGUGCGGGGCCUCUGUUGUCCAGGCCCUCUUUCAAACACCUCUGUUCAGUUCCUUGGACAACCCAUUCAAUCUGGGAUUUACUACUUCUCCAUCGGCUCAUUCAUUCAUUGCCUCUUAUAUGAACCAGUCUCUAGUGUAGACAUUGAAGACAAAUACAACUUUG